AUGUCGAACACAAAAUCUCGUUUUAAAUACCGCAUGAUCACUCUAGUCUUAGUGGUGAUCUUUUACACUUCCAAAGCCGCUAUUCUCUAUACUCGCCAUCAAAAUAAUGAUAACACUCAAUCCGAAGCACCAAUUGAUCGACACCUUCUAGUCAUGAAUCCAUUUACCAAUUCCCGAUUCAAUUGCACUCCUAUAGCCUUAGAAAAUUUCCCUCGUGAUCAGUUUACUCAAAAGCAACGGCGAUCUGGCCUGGUGAUAUUUCACAUUUUUGCUGCAGCUUACAUGUUUUUAGCCCUUGCUAUUGUGUGUGAUGAAUACUUUAUCCCUUGUCUUGAAGUGAUCUGUGAUACUUUACGUCUUCAACCUGAUGUGGCUGGUGCGACUUUUAUGGCCGCUGGCAGUUCGGCACCUGAGUUGGCAACAACUUUAGUUGGAGUUCUAAUUGCAAGA